AUGUCGACCAGCGGGCUGAAGGCGAUUGCCCCUGUACCCACUGCGGCAGAUUUCUUGGACAUCGUCUUGUCCAAGACUCAGCGGAAGACACCUACAGCCCGAUUUUUGCGUGAACAAAGCUACCCCAAGUAUUAUUCGUUUCCCGAGUUUGAAGGAAUUAAGGUCGAUCAGACUGCCAUGACAUCCCAAGAGCGUGCCUUAGCGCGCAAAAGGGUGCAAGCCUACUACGAUUUUGAUCCGCAGACCAAGGCGACACAGGUGGCCUCGCAUGCUUGGAAGUAUUUACCUGUUCCAAACAAGGAAAAUACUGCUGUGCCAAAUGAUCAUACCGUCAUCCCUCACUACCGCACAUUUAUUGUGCAUGUGAAACUUCUGGAGCAUGCAUACAACCACUCCUACUCAUUCCAGCUCCACCACAAAGGGAUAGCUCAUUCGACACAGCUUGUAGGUACCGUCGCAGUCUUUGCGCGGCCGGACCAUUCUCCUUGUAAAGCGUGUGCCGCGCGUAGUGAGGUGAGAUCCGUAGUUCGCGGAAUGAUUCCCAUCCCUCCCGAAUUGACCGAGAGUAUCAUCAAAUUAAACGGAGGCACAGAAUCAGGGACUUCGUCCGACCAGACCCUCGCUCACAUCAAAUGGGGGUUUCUUGGAAGGCUUGUUGAUGCUACUGGCUUAGAGCUUGCCGGGGCUGAGGGAGGGUUGCAGGCGACCCAGGUACCACAGCACUGUACCACUUCUCACAGAGUCACUCCCGUAGAAAUUUUUCUGGUGUCGGCUGCUGUUGCUGAGCACGUAGAGGACAAAGAUCUUCCUGUCUACGUGUGA